CGUACAGGAGAAUUCCAACAGGAUAGCAUAGUUAUUUGUACAGGAGCUUGGGUGGCUUCUUUCACCAGGUAGUAGCCAUUUCUCUUUACCUCAUUUUCCAGUUUGUAUUUCUAUCUGGAGCUCAAAUAUCUUUCGCAGCGUUCCUCAGUGCCAAACGAUCAACCAAUUCUGAUAUCUGGUAUGCAAACGUUUUGAUUUUGCUUCUUUUCCCGGAAGUGCUAAUUCUAUUGCGUGACGUGUGGAUGUCCAACCUUAUAGCACAGAAAAAGUAUAAGGCAUGGCCAGAUCUAAAAACAUUGAUUAUGGGUAUUGUAACCUCUGUAACACACUCACUGGCCUUGACCUAUCUGACAUCCGAGAUAUUUCCAAAAUUGCCUCCAUUUCUGAUACCAUGUAUUCUUUAUGUUGGGAACUCACCCACGAUCCUAGAACAACAGAAAACCAAAGUACCACAUUCAUGUAAUACGGGAAGAAGAAUCAUUCAUAUCAUGCAGAUACUCUUAGCAGCUGUCGUAUCGACCAUGUCUGUAUUUAGCAGGUUACUCAGUAUUGAAGAAGGGUGCUUAUUUGGAAUCUUUAUAUUAGUAAUAAGUUAUUUACGAUACAUACCUUUGCAAAACCUCAUCGUUGGAGAUAAUGCAAAUGAAGCACAGAAUGCUAAAUUGUUGUAUCGACUUUUACGCAUUCUUGUAAUUGUAUUGACUACUUCGGUCGGUUUCAGCAGUGGAAAAGGCUACAACACACUUCCUUAUUUUAACAAUAUUCCAGAUGAUGAAAUCUCCUAUUAUGUAAUUGCCAUAUCUUGUUGCGCGCUACUUAUCCAAGUGAAAGCCUUCAUACCUUCUUUCAGUGUGAAAGUUUCAUUACUGUCGACGUUGAUAUGUUUUUGCAGCACAGUGGCAGUAAGCGCACUUGCUUUGUAUAUUCAUGCCCAGAAGAAUGAUCUUGGAUUGUUUACACCGUUAAAAGAUUUCCCGGUAUCAUUUUCAGUUUAUCAUAUAGUAGUGUACUCUUUCACUUGUUGUUCUGUACUUCUGUAUUACUUUGCUACUUUCUAUGAUAUCAAAAAGGGGUAUCCCCCUAUAUAUAGAAAAAUCGCUAUGACGGUAUAUGACAACAUAUCUCUUUGUCAGGAUCUUCUGCGGACAAUGUUGUGUAAGAUUGAUAAUUUCAAUUCAUUUGAUAGAAAUCAUAAGAGGAUUUUCUUAUGCACCACAAUGUACAGGGAAUCAGCUCAUGAAAUGAGUCGUCUCUUGUGCAGUUUAAAAAAGGUAUCCAACUCCAAAGCGAUUCAAGUACGUCAGAUACACAUUGAAUCUCACAUAUUUCUUGACAAUGGAGCUAACGGAAAGGAUGUUAAUGAAUUCGGAAUACAGCUUUUAUCUCUCAUAGAGGAGACUUUCAUGAUGAAAGAACAGUAUGGAAUCAUGAUUCAUACACCAUACGGAAUAAAAUUAUCAUGGACUGUACCAGGAGAAAUGCCACUCUGUUUACACCUGAAGGAUAAUAAGCUGGUAAAGGGAAAGAAAAGAUGGAGUCAGGUUAUGUAUAUGAGAUACAUAUUGAACUACAGGGCAAAUAUUGACAAGAUGUAUCGUAAAAAAAUUGAUCCAUUAAAUUCUAUGCGCAAUGAUUCUUCCGAAUUCGUAAACGUAGGGAUAUCAAUUAAUGAACAAACCACACAAACCGAAAAAGACAUGAUGGACCAGGAUGUGCCCACAGUAACGUUUGAAACCUCAAGUAAGGCAUCCUCAUUCAGUGAUCCCACAACAAUUACAAACCUCGAAGACGGCGAAACCAAAACUACAGAUCUCGAAAUACCAUCAGGAAGAGUGGAUUUUGACUCUCCAAAAGAAAACAAAUCAGAAUUAACUUUACGUGUCCCCCGUCUGCAUUUUAAUUCCAAAAAUAGAAGAUCUUCAUUUGACAACAGCAGGUUUUCGUUCGAAACUCUACAGGACCGGAAUAAUCAGAACGGUUUCAAAUAUGCCUUUGACGCGGAUACGCAAAAUCAUGAUUUCACAUACAAUUUUACUGAAGCAAAAUUCCGAUCUUCAUUCAAUGACAUAGAGUUUCAAUAUCAUAAAUAUAAGACAGGGGAGCUAAGUCAGGCAUAUAAGGGUUCCGUUGAAGAUGAAAAAUAUCGUGACUUCAUUUUAGCCACAGAUGCCGAUAUGUCUUUUGACGAUCAUAAUGUUCUGAAUUUGUUGGAUGCCAUUGAAAAAGAUGUGAACAUAGGCGGUGUUUGUGGAAGAACCCUUCCUAUUGGCAUCCACAGACAUCCGAUUGUUUGGCUACAGAUAUUUGACUACGCUAAAGAUUUUUGGAUGAUAAAGAGCGCACAAAAUAUAAUCGGCUCCGUCAUGUGUUGUCCUGGUUGCUUCAGUCUGUUUCGGCUUGAAGCCAUUAAUGAUGUCAUUGAAAAGUUUGCGGAGCCCACACAAUCAAUUAUGGAUGUAUUUACGAAAGACAGUGGAGAAGACAGAUGGAUGUGUACGCUAAUGAUGAAAGCGGGAUGGACUCUGAGAUACUCGUAUCACGGAAAGAAUACAACAUUUUGUCCGGAGGAAACCGAGGAAUUCAUGAAACAGAGACGGCGCUGGCUUUUGUCGGACUUUGCCAACGCUGCAGUGACGAUUGGUAAUCUAUUGACUUUGAUGAGAAACAACACAGCCUUCACGCUUCUUUAUGCCCUGUACAUACUGCAGCUGUUUAUCGCUAUGUUGUUAUAUCCUGGAUUUACAAUAAUGAUGCUUGCCUUGGGAGUUGAGUUUGUCACUGAGUGUCCAUAUUUGGUGGUUCUAGGAUUUUUCUCUGUGACGUGCCUAGUGUUCUGCAUCAUCCAGAUAAGCACAUGGACCACUUACCGGAAGCUCAUCGUUAGCAAACUUCUCAUCUUGAUUCUCGGUCUUCUGACAACAUUCGUUUUUAUUUCAACAAGUGUUUUAAUCGUAGGGAACAUUACGAAAGACAUUACUGUUGGAGAAUUCAACCACAUCGAGAACCUGAUGUUGGCUGGGGUGAUUUUUGUGUAUCUCUAUUCGUCAUUUCUGCAUCCCUUUGAGCUGCAUUUGCUAUCCACAGGAAUUGUAUACCUUUUCUACCUCCCAAUGUUGAAUAUUCUACUUCCGCUUUACGUUGUUUGCAAUAUCGUGGACCAGACCUGGGGAACUAGAGAUGAUCAAAAAGUAUCUGUGCCAAAACUAUUACGACUGCCAAAGUUCAAGAAGCGUAAUAAGAAGCCAAGCUUGAAAUACAGAAGCAAUUCUUAUGAAAGCUUAAGUUACUCGGCCAUCGACCUACAAGACGUAAGUGGGGAUGAAACAGCGUUUUGGCAGAAUCUCGUAACUAACAGCAUUGGAGCAACCAUUAACACAGGGCUUACACAAGAAGAUCGAACCACAGGUCUCCGAGCUCUCCGAAACAAGGCUCUAGUGGGUUACCUUUCUCUAAAUUUGAUCUGGGUUGCCUUGCUGGCUGGAUUUUAUGCAUUUUUGAUCAACUAUUUCGAAGAUAAGCUUGUGUAUGGUAUUGUCGUCUUUGGUUUCCUUGGCGUAUCCGCCGUGGUUCAGCUAUUAGGAAUGACAGUGUACAGAAUUAGUGAUUGUCUCACGAGGGUUGGACGCUUGAUAGCAUGAACACUUCUACCCUGAAAACAGUACACAAGACGGCAUGACCUUAAUAUUUUAUCUUAUUGUUCUCAUCACAUUGACUGUUAUAUGAUUAUAUUUAUUCAUUAUAAUCAUAUAUAUAUAUAAUCCAAAA